AUGAUUCUCCUUGCAUGGAAUUGCCGUGGCCUUGCCCAAUCUGAGUUGAAAAGAUCUCUCAAAGCCAUUGUAAACAAGGUAUGUCUUGACUUGCUGUUCUUGUCUGAAGUUAAAAUUAGGUCAAAUAGAGUCAAAGCUCUACUUUAUUCAUUGGGUUUCUAUAAAUUAGAAUGUGUUGAACCUAGAGGUCUUAAAGGAGGCAUCAUUUUGGGAUGGAAAAAUGGUGUAGAUGUGGAAAUUGUGAUGUCUAAUGAUAAUAUGAUUAAUGGUCUUGUAUUCUCGGAUCCAAUAAAUGAACCAUGGCUAUUGUCUUUGAUCUAUGGGCCAUGUGCAAGGUUAGAGAAACAAACCUUUUUGGAAGAUCUUCAAAAGGUUGGGGAGUCUUUUGCUGGGGCAUGGUUGUGUAUGGGAGAUUUUAACAACUUGUUGGGGCCAAGUGAUAAGAAAGGGGGGAAACCAUUUUCUUCAUCUUCUACUGGGGGAUUAAAAGGAUUGGUAGACUCAGCUAGCUUAAUUGAUGUUAAAUUUGUGGGGGCACCUUACACUUGGUCCAACAAACGCCCAGGCCUUGCCAACAUAAAAGAAAGACUUGAUAGAGCUCUAGUUAAUACUAGGUGGACUGAAAUUUUCCCAAGAGCGCUGCUGAAGCAUUUUCCCUCAAAUUCCUUUGAUCAUAUCCCAAUUGUUCUGUUUACUGAAGGAGAAGAGGGAAGUAGACCAAGACCAUUCAAAUUUGAAGAAACAUGGACAAGAGAGGAGGCAAGUAAUCUUGUGGUGGAGAAUGCUUGGAGGCUCAAUGCCCCUGGUUCCCCAAUGCUUAGGCUAUGCAAGAAGAUCAAACAAGCUAAACUAGAGCUAAAACAAUGGAAUAGAUCCUGCUUUGGCAAUGUUCAAUCCAAAAUUAAGGAGGCUUGGAAGAAUUUAGACCAAAUUCAAUGCUUAGAUCCAAAUCCACAAAACUUGGAAAAGGAAGCAAAUUUGUGUAUGGAAAUUCAAGAAUUGUUGAAAAGGGAGGAAAUAUUAUGGCAUCAAAAAUCCAGAAUCAAAUCACUUACAAGUUCUGAUCUCAAUACAUGA